GGUGAUGCUGGGAAGUGAGGAGGGAGCCGACUGAGUUUUCGGUGGGCUUGGAGCCGCCAUCUUGAAUUGCGAACCUGUCUAUUCCGAGGGGGGAAAGCGGCGGCCAGGGUCGCCUCCAAUGGAUACCAUGGCAAGCCCCGAGAAAGAUCAUUACCGAAUGAAAAGUUAUAAAAACAAUGCCCUGAAUCCCCAAGAAAUGCGGCGACGAAGAGAAGAGGAAGGUAUUCAGCUUCGGAAACAAAAAAGGGAAGAACAAUUAUUUAAACGCAGAAAUGUUUCUUUACUGGGAAAUGAAGAAUCUAUGCAAGAAAGUCCAAUCCAGGAUCCUGACGUGAGCUCUACCGUACCUAUUCCUGAGGAAGAUGUAAUUACAUGUGAUAUGGUACAGAUGGUUUUCUCAGAAGAUCCUAACCAACAACUUGCAGCUACCCAGAGAUUUAGAAAACUGCUUUCUAAAGAACCUAAUCCUCCAAUAGACGAAGUAAUACAAAAACCAGGAGUUGUGCAAAGAUUUGUGAAAUUUCUAGAAAAUAAUGACAAUUGCACUCUUCAGUUUGAAGCUGCAUGGGCUCUUACAAAUAUAGCAUCUGGAACAUUUCUGCACACCAAAGUAGUAAUUGAGACUGGAGCUGUUCCAAUUUUUAUUAAAUUGUUGAAUUCUGACCAUGAAGAUGUUCAAGAACAGGCAGUAUGGGCUCUUGGUAAUAUUGCUGGAGACAAUGCAGAAUGCAGAGACUAUGUGUUAAGCUGUGGAAUACUUCCCCCACUCUUACAACUCCUAACGCAUUCUAACAGACUUACAACAACUAGAAAUGCAGUUUGGGCACUUUCAAACCUAUGUAGAGGCAAGAAUCCACCUCCAGAUUUCAGUAAGGUUCGUCCUUGCUUAGGUGUUCUGUCAAGACUGUUGUUUAGCAGCGACCCAGAUGUAUUAGCAGAUGCUUGCUGGGCCCUCUCUUACCUUUCAGAUGGGCCGAAUGAUAAAAUCCAAGCAGUUAUUGAUUCUGGAGUCUGCCGAAGAUUAGUAGAACUUCUUAUGCACAAUGACUACAAGGUGGUAUCUCCUGCAUUAAGAGCAGUUGGAAAUAUUGUAACUGGUGAUGAUAUUCAGACACAGGUAAUUCUAAAUUGCUCUGCAUUACCCUGUCUCUUACAUUUGCUGAGUAGUCCCAAGGAAUCUAUUCGGAAAGAAGCAUGCUGGACAGUUUCUAAUAUUACUGCAGGAAACAGAGCUCAGAUUCAGGCUGUUAUAGAUGCAAAUAUAUUUCCAGUAUUGAUUGAAAUUCUUCAGAAAGCUGAAUUUCGGACUAUAAAGGAAGCAGCAUGGGCGAUCACUAAUGCAACAUCAGGAGGAACUCCUGAACAGAUUAGUUACUUAGUGGCAUUAGGUUGUACCAAGCCUCUCUGUGAUCUUCUGACUGUGAUGGAUUCUAAAAUAGUCCAGGUGGCCUUGAAUGGACUUGAAAACAUUCUACGACAUGGAGAGCAAGAAUCCAAGCAAAGUGGAAUUGGUGUUAAUCCUUACUGUGCCCGUAUAGAGGAAGCAUAUGGACUAGAUAAAAUUGAAAUUCUUCAAAGUCAUGAAAACCAGGAGAUCUACCAAAAAGCGUUUGAUCUUAUUGAACAUUAUUUUGGUGUGGAAGAGGAGGAUGCAAAUAUUGUACCACAAGUGGAUGAAAGUGAGCAGCAAUUUCUGUUUCAGCAACAGGAAGCUCCAAUGGAGGGAUUCCAGUUGUAAAUAUUCAGAGAAAUGUAAAAUCACUAGUACAUCAUGGUGGUGCCCUCCACUUGCUGGCCAAAGUCAGGAAAGGUGAGAAUGAUUUGCUGAAGACAGAUGAAGAAGCAGCUCAUGCACUUACGUGUUCCAUUAUUUUUAUACGUGUGUGUUUCCAUUGUCUUGUGUCCAGAAAUAGCAAUUAAACAGAACUAAACAUGUUAUGAGGCUUGAAUGCUGAUCUCAGUAAAACAUCAGAUACUGAUACCAAAUUUUUCAAGCACCUGCUAAAAAUGCAUUAUCGUGCAUAAACAGCUGUUGAUAUUUUGAAUUCUGGCAGUAGGGUUCACGUGCCCAAUUGAUACUAAAUCUACCUCUUUACAUUGGAGCAAAAACAAUGUUUCAGAACUAAAGUGUGACAUAUAAGCUCCUAGUAAAAGCUAAACUUAGAAUGUGAAAAUUAUUUAUUGAAAUAGUGAAAAUAUAGUUUUAUGCGUGAUACUUUGCGAUAAACUGGUGAAAUAUAUUUAUAUUUAAAAACAUAACACUUAUUGGAGUGCACUGCUGGUUACAUGAUUUAACAUUAAAAUAUAGCAAAAAAUGUUUUUCUGCUGUUUGAAAAGAGAUGGUAGCUAGUUUCAGUUUGUAUUUUAUAUAGGCCUUGCUGCCUAGCCAUGUCAGGAAAGUUCCCUCUCCUUUCUUACAUUUGUUCAGUGGUAUUGCAACUAGAGUUGCGAAUUUAUUUAUUUUUUUUACUGGCUACUGUAGGUGUACCUUUAGCAGCAGGUUGAUGUGCAGCAGGAUAAUAAUGUUCAUCUUCAUGCUGUGAAAAGCAUGGAGUGCUUUCCAUCUCUUGGUUUUUAGCCCAUCAAAUUGCUGUUCAAGCAAGUGCAGCUGUGUUUUCUGUUCAGUAAACAGACCUGAUUAUGAAUUCAGGGGGAAGGGAUUAUUUAUACUUACCUUAUAAUAUGUUCUGGAUUCUUGUGAAGGUGAGGGAAGCUUUCUAUAGAUACAGACUAGAGAUUGUGAAUAGAAAUCUACAUGUUUAACUUAAAUGCUACCAAAGUGUGUAAAACCGCAAUAUUCCUUUUCUUGAAACACUGAUUACCUUUUUAUUUACACACAGUCGAUGUAUUGUGUUUGACCAAAUACACUAAUGCAUAACCUUUGAUUACCCGUGUCCCCCCUUUUUUUUUUUUUGCAAGGUUAGUUCAUUUUUAAAACAACACUUUGAUUUGAACAGGCCACCAAAAGUAUUUCUUGUUACGACUUUGUAGUAAUGCUGCAUUUGGAAAAUACAUUUUCCAGAUAAUUGAAGGAAAAGGAAAAUGGUUUUGUUGUAAAUACUAGUAGGUGCUUGAGUAUGGACAUUUCUCUGGCAAUGUAUGCAAAAUAUUUAAAACUAUGUAAUACCAGGCAAUUUUUAAAAAACUAAAAUGAGAACCUGAGGCCAAUUUUGUUGCAGGAUUUGAAUCCGUAUAGUUUCCCCCUGUAUAGCACAAUUAAAGUAUUCUGAAUAAUUUUGCUUAUCAGAAAUGUCCUGACCUAUGUGAUGUUUUUUCAAAGUUGUGUAUAAUUGCAGUUGAUUGCCUUUUUAUAGUAUUGUGUAACUUUAAAAAUCAAUGCACUCCAAAUUUAUCUGUAUCUUAUAUCUGCCAACAAAUCCAAACUUUAAAGUUGAAACCCUGAUCAUUCAAUCAUAUUUCCAAUCCUGUGAAUGCUCUAUGCAAGGACCUGCCAUAGCAAGGCUGCAAAGAGGUUGUGUGGAGAAAAAAAGCCAUGGCUGGCAAUGUGGUUGUGCAUACUGCAUAGCUGUUGAUAAAAUGUUCAUUUUUGUCCAAUGUCAGGUCAGUACUUUAAGGGAUUUCUGAAUGAAACCACUUGGAGUGCUUAUCAGAUGUUAGGCAGGUCAGGAGCAAGAAGAGUGCCCACAUUCAGGUACUUCCUGCUCUAACCUUACCAAAGUGGAGACUGAGAGACAUCUGUUCAGCCUCAGUUGUGAAAACUGGUAGUGUGAAACAGACAGCCUUCUACUAUGUACAUGGAUCAUUGCAGCGUGGCCAAUACUGAAGUAUAAGUGAAUGAAGUGCAGCCUCACUUGUAUACCUGCUGGAAUUCAAAUGUACCUUAAAGUAAAAGAGUGCAUAAUAGUGCUGUUAGCUCUGAUUUCUGUUGCUUUGAGCAGAUAACGCCCAGUGUUAAGAGUGAAUUUGUCCCCUUACUAAUAAUUUUAGUUUGGAAUUUUGGUGUUUGAGUGUUCUGUAUCAUUCAUUCCAAGUACAGGUUAAUGAAAAUGGUCAAUGAAAAUUGAAUUGAUCAGAAUUAUUCUAUUAUGUAAACAAACAAAGAUCUAGGUUGACAGGGUAUUCCAUUAUUUUGUUGUAUAUAUAAAAAAACCUACCAGUUGUGCCUGCUCUUAAUUUGAUAAUUUAGUAGAUGCUGUCAUCUAAACAUUUUCAUCUGAACCAAAUCCAAGACUAUGUACAAAUCUUAGAAGAAAUAAAAAGAGGUAAACACAUUUAAAAUGCAUCUAAUUGUUUUGAAAGGAUAUCUUCAUCUGGUGAAUAUCAUGACUAUGAAAAUUUCAGAAUGGUCAUGUUGCUGAGGGUGUAAUAUUGUGGUUUUGAACUUUUAAAUAUCAAUAUUUGGUUUACCACCGAAUUCUUACACUUCAGACUGAAAAGCCUUGCAUGUUUAUAUAGUGAGGUUCCAGGUUUUACCCUUUUAGUAAAACAGGUAUGAGUGGCACCUGCAGUCUGUACAGGGUUCUAGAACAAAGUAACCAAAAUUAAGUUGUAAAUUGUUUUGAGAUAGCUUUCCGCCUAUUUAAAUUAUACAAGUUCAGUGUUUCCUUAGUACAGAUUGUGAGACUCUCACAUAAUUGCCUGAAUUUGACAUGACUUUUUAAUCUAUGCAACCAUGCCAAGUAUGUAUUUCAGAUACAAAGCUAUCAUGGGCUUUCAUUCCAACAGGUUUACAUUAUUAAAUGGGCUAAUGUCUUAAAAUAAAAUUACGAUUUUAACACAUUAUCUCAGUUGCAUUUAUUUACUUAAGCCUUAUUUAUCAUCUUUUUUUUUUUUGGUAUUACUUUAAAUUCUCAAAUUUAUUUGGAAAAUUAAAAUGCCUAUUAUAAAACUAGGAAGAUUGAGAUCUAUAACAAUUCUUCUUGCUCAUUCUUGUUACUGUAUUUUCAAAUGAUCAUCUGUAAUUUGUUGCAUCUGUAAACGCAAACUGGAGGCUCUAACUGAACAAACUUACAAAUAUGGACAGUAUGCAAUAUUAGGGAAUGUUACUACAAUACAAGACUAAUAAAGGUAUUUUACAAAAA